AUGAUCGCUUUUGUCCAAGAUCUAACCUGGCCCUACCUUAGCGCCCACCAGAGCGAGCAGUUCGAACUCGUCGAUUAUCCUCCCAUCCAGGCUCGUCGAGACGCCCAAGAUCGUGAAGCAAGAAGACAGGCCAAGCGAGACGAUAAGCGCCGCUGGCUAGAAGAACAAGACGAGAUGAAGUUCUCUCACAGUAUUCAGUUCAAUGCUGUUCCAGAUUGGAGCAGCCAUUACAUUGCAUACAGCAAUCUCAAGAAGCUAAUCUACAGCCUCGAAAAGACCGCACAUCAGGCACGCGGAACCACUGGCGAUGCCGAAUCUCGACCUCUUAUAAACCAAGAAGAUGCUGAAGAGGUCUUCUCUCGAGCUCUUGGUGUCGAGCUGGAAAAAAUAUGCUCAUUCUACGUCGCCAAAGAGGGCGAGCUGCUCGAAGAAGCGGCGCAACUGCUACGCGACGUUGGCGAUGAGGCCGAAGAUGCCAUUGCCGAUAACCGUUACCUUCGCAGGCUCUCUGUUUCAUCAGCCCACCGUCCUGAUGGUCGCAACGGCUUCCGCUCAAGAAGCCCUCGGAGCCGCAGCACCGACAAUGAAGAGAGCGCGAGCGAGGAGGAAGAUGAGACUACUGGACUUACAACAAGGCGACGGAGCAGCGGAGGCCGCAGGCGCACACUUCCCAACAUCCAUAAGCCGCGUUCUGAAGAUCUGAACGCUUCCUCCGAGUUCGGUCGCGAUAUGAGGAGGCACAGCACCACAGCCGACGAAAACGAUGACCAAGCUCUCAUGUUCUCUUCCGGCAUGUUUUCGUCUGGUAUCAUGCUCAAGAAGCGCAUUAUCGGCCUCUAUGUGUCACUCUGCGAACUCAAGUCGUUUAUCCAGCUUAACCGUACCGGUUUUGCCAAGGUGCUCAAGAAAUUUGACAAGAUCCUUGAUAAGGAACUCAAGGGUCCCUAUCUACGAGCCCAUGUCGAGACAGCCUACCCCUUUAAAGACGAGACGAAGCGUGUUCUCGAAGACAACAUUACCAAGAUGGAGAAGGCUUAUGCUGAGAUAGUCACUGGCGGAGAUGAGGAGCUCGCUCGCAAAGACCUUCGUUCGCAUCUCAGAGAACAUGUUGUUUGGGAGCGCAACACCGUGUGGCGAGAUCUUAUUGGUAUCGAGCGCAGAGCUGAAGCUGCAGGCUUGGGACAAGCACUUCUCGGACAAGAAAGAGGGAAUGUCACAAGGAGGCUGCAAGGCGACGAGGCCAAAGCCCCCCGAGAGACCCAGUUCCGCACACCCUUUGGCAAGAUUACCUUGCCUCCAUGGCUCGCUAGCUCGUCUCUUUGGACACUGGUUGCCUGUCUUACUGUGUUCUUCCUAUUGCUUCUGCUCCCCAUCAUGGAGAAGCCCGAGCAACAGAACUGUCUGGCAAUGCUUGUCUUUGUUAGUCUGUUAUGGGCCACCGAGACCAUCCCCCUUUUUGUGACAUCAUUACUUAUCCCGUUCCUCUCUGUUGUCUUGAACGUUGUUCGUGAUGAGACACCAGGCAAGCCUCAAAAACGUCUCGACUCCAAGGCAGCCACAUCUGCCAUCUUUGCUGCCAUGUGGACGCCUGUCAUCAUGCUUCUUCUCGGUGGUUUUACUCUAGCAGCUGCUUUGUCCAAGUGUACUAUUGACAAGCGACUGGCGACUCUUGUUCUUAGCAAGGCCGGCACUCAACCCAAGACUGUGUUGAUUGCCAACAUGUUUGUAGCUGCAUUUGCGUCUAUGUUGAUUAGCAAUGUCGCAGCUCCUGUUCUAUGCUAUUCUAUCAUUGAGCCAAUGCUGCGAACAUUGCCCUCUGAUUCCAACAUGUCGAAAGCUGUCAUUAUUGGUAUCGCGCUCGCUUCCAAUAUUGGUGGGAUGCUCUCACCCAUCGCUUCUCCUCAGAACGUCGUGGCAAUGGGCAUCAUGCAACCCGCGCCCACGUGGCUGCAGUGGUUCUUCAUUGUCAUUCCUGUUGGCGCUCUCUCGAUUGUUCUGAUCUGGCUCCUCCUCCUGGUUACCUUCCAGCCAGGUAAGGGUACCACGAUCGCCCCUAUUCGGCCUGUCAAGGAGAAGUUCACUGGGCUCCAAUGGUUCGUUACUAUCGUCACCAUUUCUACCAUUGCUUUGUGGUGUGCCAGCCACCAGCUAGAGGCCGAGUUUGGAGACAUGGGUGUUAUUGCUAUCAUUCCCAUCGUGCUGUUCUUCGGUAUCGGCUUGCUAACCAAAGAGGACUUCAAUAAUUUCCCUUGGACCAUCAUCAUCCUUGCAGCCGGUGGUUUGUCUCUGGGCAAAGCUGUACGCUCGUCUGGUCUGCUACAUACCCUCGCUGAGAUCGUCUCUGAGAAGGUGGAGGGCAUGAGCCUGUACGGUGUCCUGGUUGUUUUCUCGACUCUGAUCUUGGUUAUCGCAACAUUCAUCAGCCACACAGUCGCUGCCCUUAUCUUCCUGCCUCUUGUCUUUGACGUUGGUGUUGCUAUGGACCAGCCUCACCCCAACCUGCUUGUCAUGGGUGGAGUGCUCAUGUGUAGUGCAGCCAUGGGUCUGCCAACCAGUGGAUUCCCCAACAUGACUGCUAUCAUGAAGGAAGACCCGUUCGGUCAGCGUUAUUUACAGGUCAAGCAUUUCAUUAGCCGCGGUGUGCCCAGCAGUCUUAUUACUCUUGUUGUGGUCGUGACUCUUGGUUAUGGAAUCAUGCAAGUCGCGGGACUUGACUAA